CAUAAAACACAGGACAUUUCAAGAAACACAUAUUUAAGUGUACCACGCAUGAAUCAAACCGAAUGCCAAACCUUUUGCAGUGGAACAGAAUAUUUUGCUAUAAAGGAUGACACUUGUGUAUGUUUGAUGCAUGGUGAUUUAAAAGACAAGUUACCGUAUAAUACAUGCGCUUGCGCCGAAUGUUAUAGAGUAAUGAAACAUAAUAUACCAAAUGUAACAAUUUCUUGCAAAGAUGAAACUAAAUGUUUAUGCAUGGAAGCAGCUUGCAUUGAUAAAGGUAUUAGGUUAAAAUCAGAAAGGUGUGCAGAUCACUUUAUUGUCAAAUGUGACGGUGUUACAAACACGAAAUCUGUAUAUAAGAAUCAUACUGAUGCAGUUCGUUUUUGCAAUGGAAAAUCCGCAAUUUUACAAUGGUAUACACACGACAGUUGUUCGUUUUCCAUAGGAACAGCACCACACUGGACAGGGGGUACACGGGUCUAUAAUACACACCAAGUGAAACGCCAAGAAUUGCCAAAUUUGCAACCGUCAUUUCGUUGUUUGAAACUGACCAAAGAAUCUGAUACCGAGGUAUAUGAUUCCUGUGAUAAAGAUAAUGUUGUUUUGCCAUAUUUUUGUAAGAUUGACAACAAGAAAACAAACAAAGUGAUAAGUGAAAACAAUACUACAGGUGUUAUAGCUGGAUCAGUAACAAUGGUUUUGCUCGUAGUUGCUAUAUCUGUAUUAGGACUUUUCUUGUACAAAAGAGGACUAGAUUCAAAAGCCUCUCAGAGCAGAAGUCAAAAUAUAGACCAAACAACGAAUCAAUUAACAACAGAAACCAAUUCAGACGGCCCUAAGACGGGACUUAGAAAAGGUAACAGGCCGUUACCGAUACCUUUUAUCGGAAAUAUGUCAUAUGACAAGCCGGAGGAAGAUGAAAAUACUUACUGUAGAAUAGCAUCUGUAUGUGUCGAGGAACCAACAAACAAUUUUUCGAAUCAGUGUUAUAAUGAAAUUAUUUUCAAACGUGACACUCAUUCAUCAAAAAUACAUCAGAAAGAAAAUACGAUACCCGUUGAUAACACAGAAGACGACGAAAAUGUCUACUCUAGGAUAGUAUCUGCUGUUUUUGACGAACAAAAACGGACCGUUGCAAAUUCUUGAAAUGAUGAUUUCCAAUUAAAGGAAGAACACAAAUCAUAUCCUUAAGAUAUUAUCCAAGAUACACAGAUUAAGGCUGUCAACUGUAAAUCCAGUGAUUAUUCAACAAUUUCAAAACAAAUUUAUAUAAUGCAUAUCAUGAUCAUUUAAGCUUUGUAUUAACACCUAUAUUAUAUGUUGUAAUUUGUAAGUUUCAGGUGUGAUAAAUUAUAUUCCCCUGAAUGUAAUGAAUAUGAUGUUCAGUGGUUGUCGUAUUUGUAUGUGGUUUAUAAGUGUUAUUUGUUACUCGUUUUUAUAUAGAUCAGAUCUUUGAUUUUUCCGUUUGAAUGGUUCUAUACUAGUAAUGUUUAUGGCCCGUUAUAACUUGCUGUUCCGUGUGAGCCAAUGCUUCGUGUUGAAGGCCGUACCUUGACCUAUUAUAGAUUACUUUAAUUUAUAAAUUGUUACUUGGAUGGAUUGUUGUCUUGUUGGCACUUAAACCACAUCUUCCUAUAUCUGUAUGUUCAUUAUGUUUAAAAAAGUUGAAAAAAUAAACCCUGCUUGUCAGCUAUUCCUCUCAUAUAUUGUUUCUAUUUGUCUCUAUUUUUGGAAGCAGGAUCUGCUUACCCUUAUUGAGCACUUGAUAUCACCCCCAGUUUUAGUUGGGUUCGUGUUGCUUACUCUUUAGUUUUCUAUGUUGUGUCUUGUAUACUAUUAUUUGUCUGUCUGUUUGUCGUUUUUCAUUUUUAUCCAAGGCGUUGUCAGUUUAUUUUUAAUCAGUGAGUUCAACUGUUCCUAUGGUUCUUUCGUCCCCCUUUCAAAUUAUAUAGAUUGUUUUGUUUUUAAAAUUUCCUGUCAAACGAGUCAAGUAAGUAAAAAAAAAGAUAAUUUCGUUAGGACAAUCAAAUUGAAUAUGAUACACGGUCAACAAGUAUUAAGUUAUCUUAUAUUGUAUACAUUGAUGUACAAUACAUUUGGUUCGCUUUACACAUUUAUUUCUAAUGCAUAGACAAUACAUUCUUAAAAAUUGCCUACUUUGUAAUGUUUUGCCUUUGUAUGUAGAUUUGGGAUUGUAAUACAUAUCCAAUGCAUCAACUAAUAACUUUUCCUUUGCGAAAUGUCAUGAACAUGAAAUAAAAUAUAAAAAAAGAGACAACUAUGCCCCAGAGACUUUUUGAUGCCUAUAAAAUCGAUUAUGGGUCACGGUAUGGUCUUCAGCAAUGAGCACCAACCAUACCGUAUAGUGAGUAACACAUAGGAGUGAUCACAGAUGAUUCUGGUAUGAACAUCAAAUGUUGCUUCACAAGUUGAAACCAUUAUGUUGUUCAUGAUAGGUACAAAUUUAAUAUAAUUUGCAUUCGGUUAUAAGAAAGAACACGAUUAAGACAAAUACAGUUGGUACUUACAUUUGUAUCCGUAUGUAUCUGUGACAGAGACAUUCAGCAAUGGUCAACCAACUGAUAAUGGCAAAUAUCUAAAUUAUGAACGGACGAAUGAAAUACUUAGAAUGUUUGGGUAAUAGUUGCAUAGUUAUUAUAAGCAGCAGUCUUCUAUCACAGAAAAAAUAAUCGGAUAUACAAGUUUAGAUUAACUCAAU